GGCCACAGAUUGGGAGGAAGGAGUGAAGGGCAGGAAGUGAAGUUAGAGCAUUAAAGGACGCCUGCUCAUGAAGACCCUCCCAGGCUAUAACGGGCGCUUUGGUGAAUGCAAUGGCCAUCGGCUGUGGGAGUUCUGACAAAGGAUAGAUGCAACCUGGUGCGCAUUUCUUUCUUUCUUCCUUUUUUUCCUGGUGCGCUUUUCAAAAGGAUCGCUCGGAGUACUCUGUAAAGAAACAGCUGCAGGUGGCCAGGGACGGAAGACUAGUAAAGAGGCUACUGCGGAAAUUUAAGCUACAGAGGAGAGCAGUGGCUGGAACCAUUCUUUUUAGUAGCCGCGUCCUGCUUCUCAUUUUCGCCAUGUAAAACUGCUGCGUGUGCGAUCCACUCUGCCCCCACAGAGCCUGCAGUGGGGUGAAAUGUCAGGAACAAGCCCCGGAGAAGGUAAGAUUGGAAAAAAUGCCACAACUGGGCAGCCCUUGGAACCCUGGCGCCCACAUGAAAGCAAAGCGGAUGGGUGCCUGUCCCGCUGCAUAAGUCAGGAGAGCUAACCCCGAUGGAGAGAGAGGUGUCCACCCGCUCUUGCUCUACAGAGACAGAAAAAGAAGGAGUGGGAAGUAAGGCGCCUCCUCCGAGUCCUGGAACAGGUCCUGAGCUCCCGGGUAUGCAGUGCUCCGCGGGUACAGGUGCCAGCUACAGCAUCCCCCUGUGCACCAACACUCCCAACCCAGUUCUGACCCCUUUGUCUAGCUUGCCUCUACCCUCAUCCAUCUGUCUGUCCGUCCUGCUCCAGAUAAAAUGUGUACAGCCCUAGUGGGGUCCCUCUGGCGGUUGCCGUAGUCGCGCAGCCCCGACCCGGGGCUCCGGAGAGAAGAAAAUCAUGAAUGAAAUGGAUGCGGCGCUCCCACUCCCCCGCCCUCUCAGUCCAGGCAACCUUGGCAUGGGGGCGGCGCCUGUGGGGACUCCGUACAGAGUUGUGGCGGGUGAGGGGGCACUGGAGAUGGGAUCCCAUGUUAAGGGUCUGUGGUCCGCCCCUCUAGAGCCCUAGGCGAUGCUGGAGCUCCCCACCCCCACCCCGCCAAGCGGGCGAGCCCUGCGCAAUUCCCGGGGAGCGGCGCAAGCCCGUCCGGGGGCGGGGCGGAGCCCGGGCUGGGGGUGCCCAGCAGACCCGGCAGCUGCACCCGCGACUCUGCAGUUCAGGCGCAUUUGGUGGGGCGAUUGGGCAGGGAGCACGCAAGGAGAGCGGGACUGAGGGCUCCGCGGACAGACCGACAGACGGACGCCCCCGCACACGCAGACGCACCGAGCUCCGCACGGCCCCUGUCACACACAGACAGGGACACACGCAGACACGCACACUCGCGCGCUCACAUCCUCCCGCCAGCCUGCUUGUCCGCCGGCGCCUGGAGCCCGCUCUGGCCGACCUAAUCCCCAGGAAACCCCAGAGCCCAGAAAUUCACGUGAGUACGCCAGGAGUGAGAGAGAGAGCCAGGCUGCUGAUGACUCCGAGGGAGGAACCCUGGACAUGUGCUGUAGUGAGAGGCUGUUGGGUCUCCCCCAGCCGGUAGAGAUGGAAGCACCGGACGAGGCCGAAGGACUCCCCAGCAAGCAGAAAGAGAUGCCACCACCCCCGCCACCCUCACCGCCCUCUGAGCCAGCUCAGAAGCUGCCACCUCAAGGCGCUGGGAGCCACUCCCUCACCGUCAGAAGCAGCCUGUGCCUGUUUGCUGCCUCUCAGUUCCUGCUUGCCUGUGGGGUGCUCUGGCUCAGUGGCCAUGGCCACUCCUGGCUGCAGAACACCACAGACCUCAUCUCCUCCUCGCUCACAGUGUUGAACCAUCUGGGACCUGUGGCCUGGCUGGGUUCUGGGACCUGGGGGAUACCAAGUCUGCUGCUAGUCUCUCUGACUGUGAGCCUGGUCAUCGUCACCACCCUGGUGUGGCACCUCCUCAAGGCACCCCCAGAGCCACCUGCCCCACUGCCCCCAGAGGACAGGCGUCAAUCAGUGAGCCGGCAGCCUUCCUUCACCUACUCAGAGUGGAUGGAGGAGAAGGUAGAGGAUGACUUCCUGGACCUGGACGCGGUGCCCGAGACACCUGUGUUUGACUGUGUGAUGGACAUCAAGCCUGAGACUGAUCCUGCCUCAUUGACUGUCAAGUCCAUGGGUCUACAGGAGAGGAGAGGAUCCAAUGUCUCCUUGACCCUGGACAUGUGUACUCCUGGCUGCAAUGAGGAGGGCUUCGGCUACCUGGUGUCUCCACGAGAAGAGUCAGCCCAUGAGUAUCUGCUCAGCGCCUCCCGUGUCCUCCGGGCAGAAGAGCUACAUGAAAAGGCUCUGGACCCUUUCUUGCUGCAGGCGGAAUUCUUUGAAAUCCCCAUGAACUUUGUGGAUCCAAAAGAGUAUGACAUCCCAGGGCUGGUGCGGAAGAAUCGGUACAAAACCAUCCUUCCCAAUCCUCACAGCAGGGUACGUCUGACGUCACCAGACCCUGAAGAUCCUCUGAGUUCCUACAUCAAUGCCAACUACAUCCGGGGCUACAGUGGGGAGGAGAAGGUGUACAUCGCCACGCAGGGACCCAUCGUCAGCACUGUGGCCGACUUUUGGCGCAUGGUGUGGCAGGAGCGCACACCCAUCAUCGUCAUGAUCACCAACAUCGAGGAGAUGAACGAGAAGUGCACAGAAUACUGGCCAGAAGAGCAGGUGGUCCAUGACGGCGUGGAGAUCACCGUGCAGAAAGUCAUCCACACGGAGGACUACCGGCUGCGACUCAUCUCCCUCAGGAGAGGGACUGAAGAGCGAAGCUUGAAGCAUUACUGGUUCACAUCCUGGCCUGACCAGAAGACCCCCGACCGGGCUCCCCCACUCCUGCACCUGGUACGGGAAGUGGAGGAGGCAGCCCAACAAGAGGGACCCCAUUGUUCCCCAAUCAUCGUUCACUGCAGUGCAGGGAUUGGGAGAACUGGCUGCUUCAUUGCCACCAGCAUCUGCUGCCAGCAGCUGCGACGUGAGGGCGUGGUGGACAUCCUGAAGACCACGUGCCAGCUCCGUCAGGACAGGGGUGGCAUGAUCCAGACAUGCGAACAGUACCAGUUUGUGCACCACGCCAUGAGCCUCUAUGAGAAGCAGCUGUCCCUCCAGUCCUCAGAGUGACCACGCUCUUCCUCUGAGAUCCACUGGGUACUGCCAAGCCUGAGGCUGGGUCUUUACCCCAACUACCCAAGAUCUUGCCUUGGGUCCUGGGCCUAUUCCCUGGCCCUCCCCCUCAUCCUCCCCUCUCUUCAGUCUGUUCCCCAUCUAUUGUCCUGGCCUGGUCCCUACCCCAAGCCUAGCUCUCCUACUGUAUAUACUGCAGAGUUGGGGAGGGCAGGGGAGGAAUGUGCCAGGCCAGGCCUGGGGCCCCUGGGCCUGACCCACACCAUAUAGACCUGAGGGCCUCAGUUUUAACCAUGGUUCCACAGCUACUUGGUCCAAAAUGUUUCCAUGCCACACCCCAAGUGUCCUACCAUAAUGUGUUCUGUCUGUCCAUCUAUCACAGCUAUUUGUACCAAACACUGUGUCCCCUCAGCCAGGAAAGGAGCACUGAACUAAGCUCUCACCCCUCAGCCCUCACCCACAUCCCCACACCAGACUCCCACCCUGCUCCCCAGGCAGAGAUACUGACCUUCCUCUGGCCCCACUGGCUCCUCUGCAAAGGCAGAGUGCAUUUUGCUACCAGGAUGUGGAUGGCAGAGACCAGGCAGGGGAGCACAUGAUGGUUGACAGAGAGAUCCCAGCUAAGACAGUUCCUGGGCAAAGAUGAGUAUCUCCAGUCUAUGUGGCACUGGAGAGGAAGAGGACAGAUAUAGUGGGGAACCCCAAAGAUCUGAGCCCUGAGGGGGGCCUCCAAGAGUAGGAUGUGGACAGCUCCAGACCUGUGAGACAUCUUUCUGUGUCACUAUGGGAAACCGCAAGUGUCUCCCUACAUGUUGCUCUGUGUGUGUUCCCUUGUCCAUGCGUGUGUUGAGAGCCCAUGAACAGGGCAUGCAUGACUCUUUGGCAACAUGUGUUAUCUUGGAGCCACGUGUUUUUAUUGCUGACUUUAAAUAUUUAUUCCACGGCAAACGGAGACAUUUGGUGUCUUUUUUUAAUCCGCUCGUGGUCAUUGAAUAGAGCAAUAAACAGAGCAUUUUGAGCAAAACUA